UUAGCACACGGCUGGUCAGAAACUUUUUACGCCCUUUAUCUUCUGUGUAGGCCAAAAUAAAUAAUUUACAAACCAGUGCCACUAUUGUUGUAUAUCUCCGUAUAUCAUUACGUCUCACACUUUAGUGCACUAGAACGAUUACACUGUUGCGCUCAUAAUGAUUUCGUUUACUCCCAAUAGAGAUCAUGUUAGCAGAUAAGCAUUAUGUAUUUAACGACUGCUAUCACAGCCUGCCACCGUAGUGUAGAGUUGCAGGGGGUGGUCGCACACAAGCCAAGAUUUUGCGUGUUCUAUACGCUACCGUGGUGCAGACAACAGACGGGAAGCGGCCAACCCUUCUUAGAAAGACUAUUGCAUGAUUUGUGUGACAUGCACGAUAAUUUCACGUUUCGCGCUCUCGCACCACGUGUCGGGUGGAGUUCAGUGUACACAGUGUCCUACAACCUGUUCGACGAACGCAAACAUCGACCUUCGUGCGGCCAUUGGGCUGUUGUAGGUACAUAACGAUGUCAUACUACUGACUAGGAUGAAUAAACAAACGUCGCCAUGAAUCAACCGCCGCGGCUGGACUUCGGCGCAGUAUUGAAUUUACCGUGGGACCAUGAAGAGACAGUAAAUCAAUAUCUCCGCCGUGAGUGACUUUCAUACAAAUGGAUAUGUGAAGAAAAAAAACGUGUUAACAAAAUGUCAUGGGAUGCUCCUCUUCAAGUACGGCAAUAGAAGAAGAUAUCGGUACUCCUGAGCGGCAUGCUGCCAGAAACCGUUUAGGAUUUUCGGAAGUAGCCUUCGAAUUGCAGGAUAGUGUUGCGAAGAUUGACGAAAUUAUCUCCCAAGCAUAUCAACGAUUGGACGAACAGAUAUGCGCGCUUGAAAGUGCUUGUCCCGGACCACGGUUGUUGACGGCGGAAGCCUGGGUGGAUCAUCUGCAAACAAAUAUCGUGCGAUCAAAUGUUCAGGAUGAAAUUUUUCUACCCACAAAUAAACUGGCACUCGAAGUAAAAGUUAUCGGCAUUCCGAAUGGUAUACCGAAUGGAUCUUCCAGUCCGACUGAGUUGCAAUGUGCUACCGACGGGGAUGCCAGAGACGAUAUCGCCAAGGUUCGUCGUCUAGCCCUAAAGAUGGGCAUUGCCCUGGAUCCGACGAAAGCAGCCCUGCAGGAGGAGUUCAUUGCACGUGUGUCACGUUCGGCAAUGGAGUUCGAAGCGGAGAGCUUCACUGCGGACAUGAUUGAGCAUGGACAACUUCGGGCGCUAAAAUUACGCCAAAGUUUCAACCAGCUUAAGGCACUAUAUAUCGAACUGGACAGUCUGAUUGCAUCCGUAAACAAUGGAACCUACAGCUCGCUAAUGGAGCAGCAACUGGAUGGUGAGUUAGAAAUUGCCCGUGAGGUACGUGAUCGUUUGGGAGGUGUUUCCGAGCAAUGGCGAACGACCAACCUAAUGAUGAGAGCUUCUGUCAAAGGGAUGCAGCAAGCAGUUGAAUUUUGGAAUUAUGUUGGAAAAUCUCACCAGGCAGCAGAAAAAAUUGGUUUUGCAUUGGACUGUAGAACCGCUUGUCAUGGUUCUCUGAUGUCUUUGGAAGCAGCGUUAGCGGCUCUGCCGCAGGUGGAGAUUCCUUUUAUUACCUUUAGACAACAAUCGGCAGUAAAGCAUGCUCUAAUAUAUAUGCUAACGGAUAUGGCAAAUCCGUCACGAUAUCAACACACGAAACUUGUUUUGGAGGGAUUUUUAUGCAACUUGGAGAAGUCAGUCCGAUGGGUUUACGAAACCUACCGAGCAACUUUAAAAAAGGAUCUUAGCGAAGCCGAUCAGUCAGUAACGUUGAUAGCUACAAAGCUUCGCGAGUUAAGAAAACAAUACAUUAGCCAACGAAUGGGACCUAAGAUUUAUGUGCGACCUGUUUUACGAAAAUUGAAUGAACGAUGA